UUAUGGGGUUCCGUCUCCCCCUCUCUCGCUCCCUCUCCCUCUCUGUCUCGCCUCCGCGUCUCUCGCCUUCUCCGGAAUAGGGUUUGAUCCGUUUAAGAAUCAUGUUGGUGUAUCAAGAUCUGCUUACAGGUGAUGAGCUCUUGUCUGACUCAUUUAUCUGCAAGGAAAUUGAAAACGGGAUGCUAUGGGAGGUUGAUGGGAAGUGGGUGGUUAAAGGGACUGUCGAUGUAGACAUCGGUGCAAACCCUUCUGCAGAAGGUGGAGAUGAUGACGGUGUCGAUGACACUGCAGUUAAGGUGGUUGAUAUAGUCGACACGUUUAGACUACAGGAACAACCUCCCUUUGAUAAGAAGCAGUUUGUAACUUUUGUGAAGCGUUAUAUCAAGUUAUUGACACCUAAACUUGACGAGGAGAAACAAGAAUUGUUCAAGAAACACAUCGAGGGAGCUACAAAGUUCUUGCUAUCAAAGCUCAAAGAUCUACAAUUUUUUGUGGGCGAAAGCAUGCACGACGAUGGAAGCAUGGUCUUUGCAUACUACAAGGAUGGUGCAGUUGAUCCAACAUUUAUAUAUUUUGCCUAUGGUUUGAAGGAGGUCAAGUGCUAAACAAAAUGCUGCAUGUACUAUGAAAUAUCCUGGUUGCUCAAUUUUAGUUUUAUCUUCCUACUAUUAUGAAGAAUAUUCAAAAUUACGCUUGGUCAAGUUUAUGUUAUUUUCUUAUAGCUGGUUUUGAGUGUUGUCCUGAAUUUGCUUUCAACUAAGUUAAUGAAGACUUCAUAUAAGGUUUGAAUCUA